AUGAAGGAUUCCACUGACUACACCAAUUCCUUGGAGCAAAAUCGACGACUUACGAUCACCGUGACCCCGUCGAAUGCGAGGCGUACAUCUGUUGAGCUUUCGGUGGAGGCGUCGAAACUGGUGCGGCGUACUUCGCUGCUGCUGGCGAGUCCUGCAGGACCCGAGGCGGUGCUAUCACACGCCGAAACUCAGCGGGGAGAGCGACUACAACGCUUCAAUUCGAGGUAUUUCGGAGCUUCAAAAUCUAAAAGCUGGCGACGACGACGAGAUGGCAAAAGUCUAGACACAAAGCGAUCUUCCAACCCAUCGCACGAUGAUAAAGAUAACGAAGAGGGGGCAGACGUGGUAGUCAAGUCACCGCGAAAUCCGCUGCCGCCCUGGUUUGUCGAGUUUCGCCAAAAACUUCGCGUCGCCGUCAAAGAAACGUGGUUUCGAGGGAUUUUAUAUUUUGUUGUUCUCGCAGAUAUGCUGGUUUUGGCCCUGGAUGACGAAUACGUCAAGGGAUCGGCAUUAUCCAAUCUCGAUCUAGCCUUCACGGUUCUGCUAUUGAUGGAGGUGGUCUUGAAAGGUAUCGCCUUCGGUCUGUGGGGCAAUAAGGAGGCUUACUUCCAGCGAUCUCGAUAUCGGUUCCUUCAAGUGUCCUUGUUAAUUAUCAGUCUCAUAUCGCACCGACAGGGCAGCGGUAACACGUGGAAAGUGUUGCGUGGACUUAAAACCGCAAGGAGUUUGACGCUGUACUCGGGAUUACGACGAAUCCUCAAAGCGUUGAUGCGUGCCGUGCCAUUUCUGGCUAAUGUGGGUACAUUGGCCUUGUUCGGGCUGCUAGCCUUCUCCAUCUUCGGACUGGAAGCGUACAGUGGAUCGUAUGACGCGCAGUGCACGAUCUCCCCACCCGAAGAAGCCGAAUACAGUUUUCUCUUUAGCUCAUCAUCAGCUGCAUCAUCAUCUGCAGCUUCUUCAAUAGGAACAAUGGCAAUGGACGCGUUGGAGGCAUUGCCACGAGUGUACUGCUCAGCCAACUCGAGCUGCUCUUCAAAUGAUCAGAUUUGUCUAAGCACGACCCCGCCUUCAAGUCACGUGAACUUUGACAGUGGCCUCUCCUCCUUAUUCCUAGUUUUCCUCGUUGUGGCGCAAGAUGGUUGGGUGACAGAUAUCAUGAAGCCCGUGAUCGAGUCGUCUUCCUUCUUCAGCGUGCUCUUCUUCGUUGCUAUUGUCGCUUCCAUGGUUUUCCUGGUGGUCAAUUUGUUCGUGGCAGUUAUUACCACGGCUUUCAUGAAUUUCACUCUUGACGAAGAAGGUGAGAAGGAGAAGCCUCAUUACAUGGGCAAACUCGAUCCUGCGAUGGAGGAGACCCACGUGAACAUGAUCAUGGGCGCGACGCUGGUAAUUGAGGACACAAUCAGCAGUGAUGAAGAGGAUGUGGCGUCUAUACCACGUAAUCGACGCCCUGCAAGUGCUCCAGUCUACAGCAAGACAGUGCACAACAAGGGGGAAUAUAUGAAUCUACUGUCAAAAAUGCACAAGUGGAACUCGCUUCGCAAUCUCACGGUGGAGACGACGAUGCAGUUAAUUCAGAAUGGGGUGCUAAUGGAAGAACUGAUGGGACCACUGACAAGAUCACUGCAGAAUGGGAAUAGCGAUACACUAGUCGAAGCAGCGAUUAGCCCCGCGCCACCACUUGUUCCUCGAAAGAAAGCUAUGACCAUGGAGGUGAUUCCUGAUCUUGAUGUGUUGAAUUUCGACACGUCAACACAUGCCUUGGUGAUGCGAAAUACGUCUUCUACGAGUCCCCUGUUCGUGAUUUUCCAGCGCUUCGUGCUGUCGAAGAAGUUCGACGACUUUAUCACCAUUAGCAUUCUUCUUAACACGCUGUUCCUGCUAGUGGAGUAUCCGAACAUGAGCUCGGAACUAGACUUGAUACUCUCCGUAACCGAGUACAUCUUCGGCGUCAUUUUCCUCACCGAGAUGAUCAUGCGAAUCGUGGCGAUGCGAGGACUGCGAGUGUACUUGAGCAGCACCGAAAGGAUCUUCGACAUGGUGGUGGUGUUCUGCACGACGGUCAACCUCAUUCUCAACAACUUGGAGACGAGCUUCAAUGGCCUCAACAGUGUGUCUUCCCUGCGAACUCUUCGUGUCACUCGUCUAAUGAUGAAGUACGAGGGCACUCGCAAACUUAUCCAGUCCGUCCUUAAAUCUUCACGUGGAGUGAUGGACGUCGUUGUGUUCAUGUUGGUGUUCCAGGUGGUGAAUAGUAUUAUCGGAAUGCAGCUCUUCGGAGGCUCGCAUCUCGUAGGAAAAGAUGGCGAAGUGCCGCGUUGGAACUUCGACACGUUCGGACGCUCGUUCUUGACUCUUCUACAGGUCAUAACAGGUGACCAAUGGUCCAGUAUCACGUACGAUGCCGUCGACGCUGCCAAUCCGCACUGGUUCAUGGUGCCGUUUCUCAUUCUCAACUUCAUUGUGGGUCAGUACGUGCUGCUCAAUCUCUUUAUCGCCGUCAUUCUGGAAAACUUUUCCAUCUCCGAAGAGGAAGCAUACCAACUACAACUAGCGCAGAUCAUCGCUAUCCCCAAAGAACUCGACAUCUACGAGAAGAUUGAGGAAGUUGGUGUGCGCGCAUUUGGCGAGAUGGAUCAGCUCGAAAACGUCAGCAAUGUCAAGUUGCGGAUGUUUCUCGGCCUGGACGAUAGGAAAGAGGGUGAUGAGAACAAGACAGGCCCGCCUGACGCCGACACGCUGAACUCCAACAGCCAGGAAUCUUCAACGAAUCUUCAAAAUGGUUUAGCGAUUCCCACCCAGACGAGGAACAAUCAGCGUCUGAGCUCGCAGCGUGGCUCGGCCUGGAAAAAGUUUUGCAGACAAGUCGCAGUGAACGUCUGGUUUUCACGUCUAGUCCAGUUUAUGAUUCUGGUGAGUUGUAUUUGCCUUGUCCUGGAUGAACCUCACCCCGAGAUGAGUAUGUCUCCACCAAGUGAGACGUUUGAUUUCGCCCUCACGACUUUGAGUCGUAUCGCUCUUGUUGUGCUUUUCGUAGAAUUUGUAGUCAAAGUUGGCGCUUCAGGAUUCGGCUUUGAGUAUCUGCGAGUGACGAUUUUCCACAGUGACGAGUUGCUUGGCUACGUGCACAGACAAACCUACAUGGAGAACAGGUGGAACCAACUGGAUCUGACACUGCUAUUGCUGGCAGUGGCCGAUGAGAUCAUCACGACGAUUAAUCCCACCGUGACAUUGUCGAGCGUCUUUCGAGCUGGUCGUGUGCUCAGGCCGCUGCGAAUGCUGAAUCACAACCACGAGAUGAAGGUCAUUCUCAACGCGGUGGCUCGUUCGCUACCACACGUAGGAAACGUGCUGUCGCUCUGUCUCAUCGUGUACAUUAUCUUCGGUGUCGUGGGUCGGUCUUUGUUCUCCGAGCAGUUUUACUAUUGCAACGACAGCGAGGUGGCUUCUGCAGCGGAGUGCGUCGGCUUUUACUUGGUGUAUCCAGACGGUGUGUUGCCAUUGCAAGAAGCUGCGGCACGAGGUGUUCCUGGUGGGGCCAUCCUGAUGCCCCGAGUGUGGCAGAACGCUCGCUUUUCCUUUGACAAUAUCGGCGCUGGAUUCCUCACGUUACUUGAGAUGACGUCGCUAAAAUGGGUCGACAAAGCCUUUGCUGCCAUGGAUAUCGCUGGCGUUGGCAAGCAGCCAGUGACUGAUGCCUCGUCUCAAGCUGCAAUCUUCUUCGUCUUGUACAUUUACGUGGGCUCUCUGUUCGUCAUUCGCCUCUUUGUCGGUGUGUUGGUCGAGCAGUUCCAACGCAACAAUGGCACAGAAAUUCUCACCGAGAGUCAAAAGUCCUGGGUGGACCUGGAGAAGUUCAUCUUGCUGCUCAAGCCGCUGAAAAGCAUCCCGCGACCUCGGAUCCGAAUCCAGGCAAAGAUGUAUGACUUGUGUAAACAUCCCUACUUCUCCACGGGGAUUUCCAUCGCGAUCGUGUUGAAUCUAGUACUUCUACUUGUCAGUCCGAGAUCCGAGGGAGGCACGUCGCUGUCUUUCAAGGUCAUCGAGAUCAUUUUCCUCACCAUUUUCACCCUCGAGGCUUUGAUCAAGUCCAUCGGUCUCCGUCAGCAUUAUCUACUCCAACCACAGGGUAUCUUCGAGGUGGCAAUUCUAUCCGGCUCGAUCGUUGCGUACUUUUUCGCCACGGGUUACCACUCGAUCAUCCAAGCAGGUCGGAUAUUCCGCAUGAUGCGUGUGCUUCGCUUCGUGCAUUUGAACCGCGGAAUCUACACCGUUUACCAAACAUUCCGAGCGUCACUACGUCCUCUAGGACAGAUUUUCUUCCUCAUGUUCAUGAUCUACUUUAUCUUCGCCAUCGUAGCUCGUCAACUUUUCGGUGGAGUGCGAUACGGUCCAGCGAUGAACUCGUUCUCCAACUUUCGCACCUUUGGCUCGGCUACUCUGCUGCUUUUCCAGAUCAUGUCAGGAGAUGACUGGCACCUCACUAUGACCGACUGCAUGGUUCAAAAACCUUUCUGUGCUGAGAGGAUCAGCGCGUCAACAGGUCGCGUGUACUCAGACUGCGGGAGUGUGGCAGGAUCUGCCUUCUUCUUCAUCACAUACGUCACGUUAGUGGUAUUUGUCUUCCUCAAUCUCUUCAUCGCUGUCAUUCUCGAGAACUUCCGGAGCUGCUACUUGAAGAGCGACGUGUGCGCUGUCUCGCUGCUCGAUUUCGAGGCCUAUCGUGAAGUUUUCCUGCGCUACGACGUACAGAACACUGGAUACUUCCCACUAUGGCAGCUAUCGAAUUUCCUGUCGGAACUUCCUCCAGGUCUCCGAGUCGACGCUCAUCGCGAACGAAUAGCGUUUCUACAGCUGCGAACGCAAGCUCAGGCGCAGUGGGGGCCAGCAGUCGAUGGUCGUAAGCGUCCGUAUUUCAACGAGUUGCUGCGGAUACUGUGCAUUCACCAACUGGGGAUCCGGUCGCUGCCUUACGAACAGCAGAGAGAUCGAGUCAAACAGAUCUUCAUCUAUCGCGCCAAAGUGGCGCAGAUGCUCCGCAACUGGCGUUGCUGA